CCCUCGGCCGGUUCGCGGCACCGAACGGGACCGAACGGGACCGAACGGGACCGAACGGGACCGGGACGGCCGCAGCGUCCCCUGGCGGAGCGGCAGCACCGGGACCCGCGGCACGGCCCGUUCCGACCCCGGCCCGUCCCGAUCCCGGCCCGCUCUGACCCGGGCGGGCACCGGCACCGAGCCUCGGACCGGGGCAGAACCGGCACCGGACAGCACCGAGCGCUCACCGGACCGGAGCGGACCGACCCUUCCCCGGCCGGCCGCCGCUGACCCCUGUCCGGCCGCCCGACCUUGUCCAGGCCGGAGCGGAGCCCCGGGGCCGCCGCUCCCGGUCCGGUGCCGGUGCCGGUCCCGCCAUGGCCGCGCCGCUCGCCCCCGGCGGGUUCGAGUUCGCCAUCGACCGCGGCGGGACCUUCACGGACGUGUUCGCGCGGUGCCCCGGCGGCCGCGUCCGCGUCCUGAAGCUGCUCUCCGAGGACCCCGCGUACCGGGACGCGCCCACCGAGGGCAUCCGCCGCGUCCUGCAGGAGGAACUGGGGGUGCCGCUGCCCCGGGACCAGCCCCUGGACGCCUCCGGGAUCCGCUGGAUCCGCAUGGGCACCACGGUGGCCACCAACGCGCUGCUGCAGCGCCGCGGGGAGCGCGCGGCCCUGGCGGUGACCCGCGGCUUCCGCCACCUGCUGCACAUCGGCACCCAGGCACGGCCGCAGCUCUUCGACCUGGAGGUGGCCAUGCCCGAGGUGCUCUACGAGGAGGUGAUCGAGGUGGACGAGCGGCUGAUCCCGGAGCAGCCGGAUUGUCACCUGCCGGGCAGUGACACAUGGCCGCGCGUGCAAGGGGUGGCCGGGGUGACCCUGCUGGUGCAGCGGCCGCUGGACGUGGCGCGGCUGCGCGAGGACCUGGAGCGGGUCCUGGCCCGCGGCAUCCGGAGCCUGGCGGUGCUGCUGCUGCACAGCUACGCGUGGCCCGGGCACGAGCAGCAGGUGGGCGCCCUGGCACAGUCCCUGGGCUUCGCGCAGGUGUCGCUGUCCUCGGCGGUGGCGGGCAUGGCGCGGGCGGUGCCGCGCGGCCUCACCGCCUGUGCCGACGCCUACCUGAGCCCCGGCGUGCGGCGCUACCUGCGCGGCUUCUGCCAGGGCUUCCGGCACGGCCUGCGGGGGGUGCAGGUGCUGUUCAUGCGCUCGGACGGGGGGCUCACGCCCAUGGACACCUUCGGGGGGGCUCGGGCCAUCCUGUCGGGCCCGGCCGCGGGGGUCGUGGGCUACGCCCGGACCACCUUCGACCCCCAGGACGGGACCCCCGUGAUCGGCUUCGACAUGGGAGGCACCUCGACCGACGUGAGCCGCUACGCGGGCGAGUUCGAGCACGUGUUCGAGGCCACCACGGCGGGGGUCGCCAUCCAGAGCCCGCAGCUGCACAUCAGCACCGUGGCCGCGGGGGGGGGGUCCCGCCUCUUCUUCAGGUCCGGUCUCUACGUGGUCGGUCCCGAGUCCGCGGGCGCCCACCCGGGACCCGCCUGUUACCGCAAGGGCGGUCCCCUGACUGUCACCGACGCCAACCUGGUGCUGGGCCGGCUGCUCCCCGAGUUCUUCCCGCGGAUCUUCGGUCCCGGCGAGGAUCAGCCGCUGUGCCGGGACACGGCGGCGGCGGCGUUCCGGGAGCUGGCGGCCACCAUCCGCGCCUUCCAGAGGGGCUCCGGGGACACCGGGGGCACUGCGGACACCGGGGACACUGCGGACACCGGGGACACCGGGGACACUGCGGACACCGGGGACACUGCGGACACCGGGGACACCGAGGCGCUCUCGGUGGAGGAGGUGGCCCUGGGCUUCAUCCGGGUGGCCAACGAGGCCAUGUGCCGACCCAUCCGCGCCCUGACGGAGGCGCGGGGACACGAGGCGGCGCGACACGUGCUGGCGUGUUUCGGGGGCGCCGGGGGGCAGCACGCCUGUGCCAUCGCCCGCACGCUGGGCAUGGCCCGGGUCUUCAUCCACAGGCACAGCGGGCUGCUGUCGGCGCUCGGGCUGGCUCUGGCGGACGCGGUGCAGGAGGAGCAGGAGCCGUGCGCGCUCCCGUACGGCCCCGGCGCGUUCCCGCGGCUCGAGGAGCGGCUCCGGGAGCUGGAGCGGCGCUGCCGGGACGGGCUGAGGGCACAGGGAUUCGAACCGGAGCAGAUCCGCACGGAGCCGUUCCUGCACCUGCGCUACGAAGGCACCGACUGUGCCCUGAUGGUCUCUGCCCGCGGGCACCCGGCGCACCCCGGCUCCUGCGCCGCCGGCGACUUCCUGGCGGCCUUCACCGCCCGGUACCGGCAGGAGUUCGGGUUCACCAUGCCGGGCCGGGCCGUGCUGGUGGACGAUCUGCGGGUGCGCGGCACCGGCAGCACCGAGCCCGUGCCCGAGACCCCCCUGGGACCCCGCGGGCACCCCCCGCGCCCCGAGACGGUGACCCGGUGCUAUUUCGAGGGGGGGUACCGGGACACCCCCGUGUUCCUGCUGGGGGAGUUGGGCAGUGACCACGUCCUGCCCGGGCCGGCCAUCGUCAUCGACACCAACAGCACCAUCGUGGUGGAGCCGGGCUGCGUGGCCACCGUGACGCGGUUCGGGGACAUCAACAUCGCGGUGGGCGCGGGGCCGGCGGCGGCGCGGGACACGCGGCUGGAGCCGGUGCGGCUCUCGGUGUUCUCGCACCGCUUCAUGAGCAUCGCAGAGCAGAUGGGGCGCGCGCUGCAGCGCUCGGCCGUCUCCACCAACAUCAAGGAGCGUUUGGAUUUCUCCUGCGCGCUCUUCGGGCCCGACGGGGGGCUGGUGUCCAACGCGCCCCACAUCCCCGUGCACCUGGGCGCCAUGCAGGAGGCCGUGCAGUUCCAGAUCCGUAACCUGGGCCCGGAGCUGCGGGAGGGGGACGUGAUCCUGAGCAACCACCCCCGGGCGGGGGGCAGCCACCUGCCCGACCUGACCGUCAUCACACCGGUGUUCUGGCCGGGCCAGCCCCGCCCCGUGUUCUUCGUGGCCAGCCGUGGCCACCACGCCGACGUCGGGGGCUGCAGCCCCGGCUCGAUGCCACCGCACUCGCAGAGCCUGGCCCAGGAGGGGGCCACCUUCGUGUCCUUCAAACUGGUCACCAACGGAGAGUUCCAGGAGCAGGCGGUGACCGAGGCGCUGCUGGCCCCCGGGGCUGUGCCCGGCUGCUCGGGCACGCGGAACCUGCGGGACAACCUGGCGGACCUGCGGGCACAGGUGGCAGCGAACCAGAAGGGGAUCGGGCUGGUGCGGGAGCUGAUCGAGCAGCACGGGCUGGAGGUGGUGCAGGCCUACAUGGGCCACGUGCAGGCCAACGCAGAGCUGGCGGUGAGGGACACGCUGCGGGCCGUGGCCGCGCGCUGGGGGACGUCGCUGGCGGCCGAGGACACGAUGGACGAUGGGACCCCGAUCCGGCUGCGCGUGCGGCUGGAGCCCCUCACGGGCAGCGCCGUGUUCGAUUUCGGGGGGACGGGCCCCGAGGUGCUCGGGAACUGCAACACCCCCCGAGCCAUCACCCUGUCAGCGCUGAUCUACUGCCUGCGCUGCCUGGUGGGGCACGACAUCCCCCUCAACCAGGGCUGCCUGGCCCCCGUCCAGGUGCGGAUCCCCCCCGGCUCCAUCCUGGACCCCUCCCCCGAGGCCGCGGUGGUUGGCGGGAACGUGCUGACGUCACAGCGCGUGGUGGACGUGGUGCUGCGCGCGUUCGGCGCAUGCGCGGCCUCCCAGGGCUGCAUGAACAACGUGACCUUCGGCUCGGCCCGGGGCGGGUACUACGAGACGGUGGCGGGGGGCGCGGGGGCCGGGCCGGGCUGGGCCGGGCGCAGCGGGGUCCACACGCACAUGACCAACACCCGCAUCACCGACCCCGAGAUCCUCGAGCUCCGGUACCCGGUGGUGCUGCGGCGCUUCGAGCUGCGGGCGGGCUCGGGGGGCGCGGGGCGGCACCGGGGGGGGGACGGGGUGAUCCGGGAGCUGCAGUUCCGUGAGCCCACCCAACUCUCGGUGCUGAGCGAGCGCCGCGCCACGCGGCCCUACGGCAUGGCGGGGGGUCUCCCGGGGGCCCCGGGGCUGAACCUGCUGCUGCGGCGGGACGGGCGCCUCAUCAACCUGGGGGGCAAGAGCUCGGUCAGCGUGGAGCCGGGGGACAUCUUCCGCCUGCUGACCCCGGGCGGGGGCGGCUUCGGCCCCCCCGAGGAUGGGGGUGACCCCCAGGGCCCCCCGGAGCCCCCGGACCCCCAGGACCUCUGGGCCCCCCAGAACUGCCUGGGCCCCCAAAACCCUGGCGGCCCCCCGGGCCCCCCGACCCCACAAACCGUCCCGGAGCGCGGCAGCGCCUUCGAGUUCCGCCAGGCGCAGGAGGCCCUGUGACCCCACACUCUGUGGGGCAGCCCCACAUCUGCUGUGUGACCCCAAACCCGCUGUGUGACCCCAAACUGCUGUGGGGCUGCCCCAAAUCUGCUGUGGGGCAGCCCUAAACCGCUGUGUGACCCCAAACCUGCUGUGUGACCCCAAAUCUGCUCUGGGGCAGCCCCCUAACUUUAGACACGCACAGUCCAUAGGGCAGCCCCCUAACUCUGCUAUGGGGCAGCCCCCCACCCACUCCAGCUAUGCACCCCCUCUGUGGGGCAGCCCCUGAUCCCAUCUAUGCACCUCCUAUGGGGCAGCCCCUGACCCCGCUAUGGGGCAGCCCCCCUUUAGAUACGCACAGUCCAUAGGGCACCCCCCAAACUAUGGGGCUGUCCCCAAUCCCAUCUAUGCACCUGCUAUGGGGCAGCCCCAUACCCUGCUAUGGGGCAGCCCCUGAGUUCGCUAUGGGGCAGCCCCCUAACUUUAGACAUGCACAGUCCAUAGGGCAGCCCCCUAACUCCGCUAUGGGGCAGCCCCCCACCCACUCCAGCUAUGCGCCCCCUCUAUGGGGCAGCUCCCAUACCUGCUAUGGGGCAGCCCCCAUCCCUGCUAUGGGGCAGCCCCCCCUUUAGACACACACAGUCCAUAGGGCAGCCCCCAGCCCUCCAUGGGGCAGCCCCCAGCCCUCCAUGGGGCAGCCUCCCCCCCAGCUCAGCCCCUCCAUGGGGGGCCCAGCUCCCCCCUUUGGGGGUCCCCCCCAGUUCCCCCCCCCCAAUAAACUUCCUGUGCCCCCCAA